UGAACUUUGAAGGAAAGUCAAAUCACACAAAGCAGUGAUCAAUUAGGUUUAUUCUGGUUCCAAUCCAAUAUGGGAACAAUCUGCACAAAAAAUAAAAACCUGAUCUGCCUCCUCUGACUGAGACGAAGGAUAAGUGUUGUGCAAAGCAAAAGAUUACUGCGUCUCUAUUUCUGUCCUGCAAAGCCAUUUAACAGUCUUAGAGACAUUGAAAAUGAAGUCUGUGUGCACUAGUGUGAGUGUGUGUGUGUGUGAUUAUGUGUUCCUUGUGAAAGGUGUGAGAGAGGUCAAACUUCACACUGCGUCUUCAUUUGUCCAACGCCCGAGUAGCCCAGCGUCGCAUUCUUGAUUACUCAAAUUGGUUCUUUCGGCAGGACUGAGGGAAUAUAGCGAAAACCGAGGAGAACGUUUUAAGGAUUAACAGAAACACCAAAAGGUCAAGAUGUUGAUCACCAUGCUAACAGCCAUGUACAUGGUGGUCAGAGUCGUAGAAUCGAUAGGGGUGCGGUUUGCACGUCAACAGGACCCUUUGCCCUACAGGGUGUCCCAGCCUCUGCCGUGGCAGAUUCACUCGGUGUCUCACAGUCGGAGGAGCAGCAAAGCAGACGAGUUUGAUGGCUUCAGGAGGAACAGCAUAGGCGUGUACAGAAAGAACUAUGUCUCCAUGGCUAUUGCCUCAGCCUCUCUGGCUAUCCCCUGUGUCCUAUCGUGCUCAGACUCCAAUGCCAGCAAUGGGACAUGCACCACACCCCCCCCUCCUCCAAUCGGCCCCGUUGGAGUCGAGAAGGCCGCUGCCACCAUCCAGACCCAUUUCAGGAAGUUCCAACAGAAGAAACAUAAGAACGGAAAGUAGAUGGACAAAGAGGGACGGUCAUGCUGGAACGUUUGCAGACAGCAGGAGGAAGGUCUGGCGCGUGUGGAUUCACCAACCCGGGGAUGAACUCUGUGAUAACAUCAGUGUGUGAUCACGUAUUGUCAAACGCACAUUCUGUGAGACCUUCCGGGAUUAGUGGCACAGUACAAGCAAGCACAUAACAUUAAAAACUUACAUUUCAAACAGCUCAGUGUUCAAAUGUCCAAUCCUACGGGAAAAAUAUUGUAUUGUUUUACAGUGUAAAUCUGAAUGAUGCUGAUACUGUAAAUAUUAAAAAAAGAAAGAAACCAGUGUUUGGGCAGAAAAAAAACAGAACAUGUGACAUGUGUUUUCCAACCUCGGUUUCAUUGCCGCAUGAGGCCCUCUAGUGUAUCAAAGCGGUCCUGCAUCAAAUGAACCAAAAUGUGCAGGUCUUGAUAAUAAAAUAGCCUACACACACAUAUAUAUAUAUAUACACACACACACACACACUACACAGUUGCAAAAAAAUGACUAAUAGAAUAACAGUUCAUAAAAAGAUAGCUUUAUUGCACAAGGUGUUGAGUACUCUUUUUCUGUUUUUGUUUGUUUUCAUAGAAAAGAAAAUGUAGAGUUAAACACAAGCAAUUGCAAAUUGAAGCAACGUGUCCCCAUAAAAGUUUAAGGAACAACAUCUGCAUUUUAAAAUGUUUUAAUUAAACCCCUUUUUAAAUUGUUAAAUUCACCAUGUUCCUUUUUUAAUAUUCAGCAAAGAAGUUCAGAACAUGCAGUAAUGCUGUCCUCUACCCCGCCCCAAAAAGUGGAUUAAAGAAAAUGCAAACUCUAAAUCAAGCAACUUGUUACCAAGUAAAGAAAUAAAAAUCAAACAAGAAUUAUGGAAAAAAAA